AUGAGAGUUUUACUUUUGACAGUAUUACUUUUAUGUACUGUAUUUUUAGUACAAAGUCAAGAUUUCCAAAAUGAAACUUAUGUAUCAAAAUUUGAACCAGUUUCAUCAAAUGGUAAAGCUUCAAUUACAACUUAUUUCAGUCCAGAUACAAGUCUUAAAGUUGAAACAGAUUUAAUUGUAAAUGCAAAGGAAUCAAUUGAUAUUGCCAUCCCAGGCAUGGAUUCAUGGAUUUAUUGUACAGAUUCAUAUCAAGGUGUUUACGGUUGUACAGUUGCCAAGCAAAGAACUGAAACAUUCCCAAUUUUCCAAGCAUUAUUAAAUGCAGUUAAUGGUGGUAUUAAGGUUAGAAUCAUUACCAACAAUUAUUAUACACCAGGUGCCAAUGGAUCAUGUAGUGAUGGUCAAAUUGAUCCACUUAGUUUUUUAGCAUUAGCAGGUGCAGAAGUUAAAUACUUUACAACAGUAACUUAUCUUCAUUCAAAGUAUUGUAAUGUCGAUGGUGGUACAUCAUCAAUUUCCUCAAUUAACUACAGUCAAACUUCAUUCAUGAAGAAUAGAGAAGCUGGUGUUAUUGUCAGUGGUAACGAUGAUUUAACAGAUUUCACAAACCAAGUUUUUGAAUAUGAUUGGAACCAUGGUAUCCCAUGGCCAACCAUUACUUACACUCCAGCUGAAAUGAAAAUCAUCACCGACAAAACAAUGAUUGAUGUAGUUAUUCCAUCACCAACUAGUUUCCCAGGUUCUUACGUUACCACAGUAACCACCGUCAAUGAGGCUAUGGAUACUACUGUUUUCACAUCUCCAGAUUUCGCUUGGGAACAAGUUAAAGCCGAUAUUGAUGCUUCUUCAUCAAUGUUGGUUUACAUCUAUCAAAUCACUGGUCCAUCUUGGUGUGAUCUUUUAGGUAACUAUUCUGGUAGUCUCACUAUCUUGGUUUCUGAUGUCAUUUUUGAUGAAGCCGAUUAUGAAUCUGCAGUACUCUGUUAUAAUCAUCUCUACAACAAUGGUAUCACCAUUAGAAAGACUGCUAAGAAUAUGUACACUUACUCACAUCAAAAAUAUUGGGUUCUCGAUAAUAAAACUGUUUACCUCUCAACUGGUAACUGGGGUGAAACUGAUUUCCCUGAUGGUAGUUCCGAUUUCCCACCAUCAGAUUCAUCUGAUUGGAGAAAGAUUAAUAGAGAUUUCAACAUUAAAAUGGUUGACCCUAAAUUAACUGCUGUUUAUACUAAUUUAUUCAAAGCUGAUUAUGCUUUAGGUUUUGAUUAUCAUCCAUACAAAUAA